AUGGAGGUCAUGGCGCUGAGUAUGGCCAAGGCCGUGUUUAAUGGCGUACUGACCUACGCCAAGAAUGGCGUGCUGAGCUACGCCGAGGCCAACAAGGCAGAGGAGAUCAGGAUCCAAAGCGACGUGGACUUUAUCACCGAGGAGCUGCAGAUGAUGCAAUUGUUCCUGGUGACGGCUGAUGAGGACAAUUGCCAGAACAACGUGAUGUCCACGACCUGCCUGAAGCAGAUCCGCAACCUAGCUUACAAAGCGGAGGACAAACUCAUGGAUUUUGGCCUCCACUCAGAGAAGAAGCCAUUUUGGGGGUUCAUCCCCCGCAGCCUAUCUGAUCCACACCGCAUUGCCACAGAACUGAAUGAGUUGAGAGCCAAGAUGGAGGACGUGAGCAGAAAAAACCCUCGCUACGGCCUCUUCAAGAGCAACAAUGUUAGUUCUGCUUCGAGGUCUACCGCAGCUAGCACGGAAAUGUUUGGCAUCAAUGAAGCAAUCCUUGCCACCCUGGAGCAGAAAAAAUCAUACGUUCUCCAGCAGCUGAUUACCAUGGUGGAGGAGGAUCUUAGAGUGAUCGCCAUGUGGGGAACAAGCGGUGAUCAUGGAAAGAUGUCCGCCAUCCAGGAGGUCUAUGAUGAUCCAGAGGUACUGAAAAAGUUUGGAUUUCGUGCUUGGGUUAGAUUGAUGAAUCCUUUCAAUCCACAAGAAUUCCUCCGGAGCUUGGUGAGGCAAUUCUAUGAAAAUUCCCAUGAAGAAGUUGGAAAGCAAGAAAGCGAAACAAGUGUUGGGGCUAAUAUUUUUGCGAAGAUGGAGAAGAUGGAUCAAAGUGAUUUAAUCUGUGUAUUCAAUACCAAGUUGUGUAGCAAUAGUUACCUCAUUGUGAUAAAUGACCUAUCCACUAUAGAAGAUUGGCAUUGUGUCAAAAAGUACUUUCCCAACAACAAAAAACAGAGUAGAAUCAUUGUUUCGACGCAAAAUGGUGAAAUUGCAAGCUUGUGCACAGACAAUCCGUGCCAAGUGACUGAGCUCAAGCAAUUGUCAUGUGAUCAAACUCUUUAUCUUUUCCACAAGAAGGAUGUGCAUGCAUCAAUGCCCACCAGUAAUAUACAACAGGAAGAUGAAGAACCAAAUACUGCAGGUGAAAAUAUUUCAACUGCUUCAAAGAAGUUUAAUCGCAGCAGGACACUGGCACUGGUUGACGGAGUUCUCACCGGGCGAGAGAAAGAGAAAUCUACUGUCAUCAAAUUAAUUGGUCAACCAGACAACAAACAAAGCUGUAAGGUGAUCUCAGUUUGGGGAAUGAGUGGUCUGGGAAAAACCUCUCUUGUCCGAAGCGUCUACGGAAGCCAAGAGCUUGCUGUCUGGAAGCAUGCAUGGGUCACCGCAUUGCGUCCUUUUAGCCCUGAAGUACUCCUUAGAGAUUUGGCUUUGCAGCUUCAGAAAAGUAUUCAAGAAGAUAUUUCUGGAGCAAUAUCAACUAAAGGGGUAGCACUGAUGAAAAUUCAAGAGUUGAAGGUGGAAUUAGCUCGGCUACUGAAAACACAAAAUUAUCUUGUUGUACUUGACGAUAUAUCAUCCAAUUAUGAAUGGGAUUUGUUAAAAGAGUUUUUGGAUGAUGCUGGAAGGAUCAUAAUCACCACGAGAGAAAGAAACAUUGCCAAAUAUUGUUCAAGGGUACACGAGAACAUGUACGGUCUUCAAGGUCUUCAAGACGAUGCUGCACUUGAUCUCUUUACAAAGAAGGUAUUCAAGGACAACACUCACAAAUUUGAUUGUGUCCCGGCUAUGAUGGAUCAAGCAAGUAUUAUGCUAAAGAAGUGUGAUGGACUUCCCCUUGCAAUAUCGACGAUAGGUGGAUUUCUAGCCACUAAGCCAAAAACUGUUAUUGAAUGGAGGAGGAUGAAUGAUCGUGUUAAUGCUGCACUACAGAUAAAUCCUGAACUUAGGACAAUAAAGGCUGUUCUUAUGAUGAGCUAUGAUGGUUUGCCAUAUUAUCUCAAGUCUCCUUUCUUAUACCUGGCGAUAUUUCAAGAAGAUCAAAAAAUUAGGUUGGAUCGCCUAGUGAGGCGGUGGAUGGCAGAGGGUUACUCACGGGAUAUGGAUGACAUUACUGCAGAGCAACUCGGUCGUAGGUACUUUGAAGAGGUUUUGGAUAGAAGUAUGACCCUGCCAGUGGAAGAUGUAAAUAAUCGCAGUGGCAAAAUUGAUUCUUGCCAACUUCAUGAUAUCAUCCGGGAAUUAUGCAUCUCAAAAGCGAGAGUGGAAAACCUUGUCUUCACCCUAGAGGAUGGAUGUUCUUUGGUCAGUACACAAGGUCCAAUACGUCAUCUUGUCAUAGGCAGCAACUGGAAAAGGGAUGUUGAUGCAUUGCCGAGUGUGCUGGACUUGUCUCAGGUACGGUCAUUGACCGUGUUCGGAGAGUGGAGACCCUUUUUCAUCUCCGGGAAUAUGAGGUUCGUCCGAGUGCUCGAUUUGGAAGAUACACUAGGGUUGAGAGACCAUCAUCUUGAUCGUGUCGGAAAACUCCAUCACCUCAAAUUUCUUUCUCUACGUGGAUGUUGGAAUAUUUUCCGUUUGCCAAAUUCUUUGGGAAAUUUGUGGCACCUCCAAACACUGGAUGUUAGAGGUACACGUAUAUUUGACUUGCCAACAGCAAUUACCAAUCUUAGCAAGCUACAGAACCUUCGUGCACCAGAUUAUUUGGGAGGCAGCAACAAUCUUAUUGACAGCAAGUAUGGUGCUAAAGUUCCUAGAGGAAUAGGUCAGCUGAGGGCUCUGCACAAAUUAGGUGGAGCCUAUGUUGAGGAGAAUGCCACUGUAAAAGAGCUUAGAGAGCUUACUGAAUUGCGUAAGCUUGGAGUGGCUGGUAUCAGCAGCAAAAACAGCAUGGAGUUUUGGUCUGCCAUUGGUGGUCACGAUCAUCUUCGAUCUCUUUCAGUGAGAGGGAAAUCAAGGAAGGAUGACUUAGAUGGUUGUCCGGGUGAGCGUUUGUCGCCACCAAGCUGGCUAGAGAGCCUCAAGCUGUACGGCAGGCUGGUCAGGGUAACAGAUUGGAUCCAUCAGCUUCAGAAUCUCUGCAAGUUGGUGCUGGAGCAUAGCUGUUUGGAGCAAGAUGGUGUCAUACGAGCCCUUGGGAUGCUACCAAAUCUUGCAGUUCUACGCCUGAAGGUUUCUUCAUUCUGGGGUAAACAGCUCCAUUUCCAAAACUCGGAUUUCCCGAGUCUCGUGGUGCUAGAGCUUUAUUACUUACCGAACCUUGAAUCGGUGCUAUUUGAAGAAGACGCAAUGCCUAGCCUCGAGCUGCUACAAAUUGGUACUUGCUCCGAGCUGAAUAAAAUCUCCGGGCUAUCAGUUCUCACAAGCCUCAAGGAAAUUAGGCUGGGUUCUUUUCUUGACGAAUCAUUGAAGCCAGAGAUGCUGAGGCAGCUAGGGCAGCGUCAGAAGCACGUCAUCGUGAAAGAUAGUUCGAUUUUCUCUGGUCGAGUGGUCGUCGUUCUCCGUGUCCCAGGUGACCAGGUCACGCCUCCGGCCACUAUCCCUCCUGUCCCAAGUCGCACCUCCCUCGCCCCCUCGCCGGCUCCGGCGGUUGACCCUUCUCUGCUGCUCCCCGCACGGCACCGGUGGACCGGCCCACCCGACCAGCCCCCACCCCCACCCCCAGGUCGCGCCUCCGCCCUCUGGAGAUCUGACGGACGACCCUCCGCCCUUUGCCGCUCCAACUCGCCUCUCUGGUCGCCGCACUGCGUCCUCUGGGCUCUGGUGCCGGUCGCUGCCCACGCCUAG